AUGUCGAAAGUUGUGAGAAGCGUCAAAAAUGUCACGAAGGGAUAUAGCCCCGUCCAGAUCAAGGUGCGAAAUGCUACCUCCAACGAUCCGUGGGGUCCGACGGGCACGGACAUGGCUGAGAUCGCAGCCCUCACCUUCAACAACCCGAGUGACUUCUACGAGAUCAUGGACAUGCUCGAUAAGCGGCUGAACGAUAAGGGCAAGAAUUGGCGGCAUGUGCUGAAGUCAUUGAAGGUCCUUGACUACUGUCUGCAUGAGGGUUCAGAAUUGGUGGUCACCUGGGCUCGAAAGAACAUUUACAUCAUCAAGACAUUGCGAGAGUUCCAAUACAUUGAUGAAGAUCAAAAAGACGUGGGUCAGAACGUCCGCACAUCGGCUAAGGAAUUGACCUCACUCAUUCUGGACGAAGACCGCCUUCGCAGCGAACGCUCCGACCGGAAGUUGUGGAAAACUCGUGUCACGGGAAUUGACGAACAUGCGCCUCAGGCUAUAGCUGGCCCUGCGCAGCCGCGACGCAGCCGGACUCAGCACAAUCAUGCAGAUGACCUCGCCGCCGAAGAGCGAAGUCAACUCGACCGCGCAAUAUAUGAGAGCAAAUUGCUUGCUGAAGAGGAGGCGCGCAAGCGUCGGCAAGCCCAGGACGAAAGCGAUCCAGAUGUGCUCAGUGCAAUGCAGCUCAGUCUGGAGGAGGCGGAUCUACAUGCUCGGCAACUUCAGGAGCAAAAUGCGGCUUUGCUUUUUGAUGACACGCCUGCACCUCCGCCAGCGCAGAGCCAGCCAACUGGACACAAUCAGGGCUACCAGCAACAGCCCGCCGUGGAUUGGUUUGGCAACCCACUUCAACAGCAGCCACAAAGCACCGGGUUCUUGAACAAUCAGUAUUCCCAACCACAACAGACAGGCUACCAAACCGGCUUUGCCAACGGCUUUCAACCUGCGCAACCAACUGGUUACGACCAAUUUGGCCAACAGCCUUUCUUGCAGCAGCAGAACACCAUCCAACCCCAGCAGACUGCCUUUCAGACCAAUAACCCUUAUGGUGUGCAGCCUUCUGGUGACUUGUUCGGCGUACAAGCACCUCAGCAACCUAACCUCCAGGCGGGAACCAACAAUCCUUGGGCAUCUCCCUCAUCCCAAGUCCCUGAUGCCUUAAAACCUUUGCCCACCGGGUCAAACAAUCCCUUUGCACAAAGACCACCACAGUCAUCUCCCUCGCCCUUCGCACGGCCGAGCACUCAGCCUUCGCUGGGCACUCUAUUCGAGUCGCAGCCAACUGUGCAAUUUACGCAGCCUUCCCAGCCCAACCCAAUCGCGAAUUACUCGGCUCCGCAGCCGAGUUUUCAACAACAGCAGAAGCCCGUCAAUCCGCAGCAUGCCAGGCUCAAUGCCUUGCUGGCUUCUGGGGAGGGACAGGAUACAUUUGGGAACACGGGCGAUCUGCGUAUUCCUGCUCAACAUACUGCGCCGGGGACAUUCGUCAACUCGGCCGGACAAGGUCUCGAUCGCCUCCGCGCUGCUCAGACCGGCACCAAUCCAUUCUUUUCAGCACAAGCUACUGGAUUCGGCCAGGCACAAGGAGGAUUUGGCCAACAAAUGCCGGCCCAAACCGGGCCAGUCGGUGGGUUUUCGGGUGGAUAUGGCCAGCAGAACAGUAAUCCCUUUGGAGCUCGACCAGUUGGGCAGCAGGGGGGAAGUCUGAUUGACUUGUAG